CACACUCGAACUCUGGUCACACUAGCCGCCAACCGAAUAGCAGAGGAAAUAAUAUUUUUAUUUAUUUAGGGUCCUAUUGUGGGGAGUAUAUAACACGUCAAAUGCAGAAAACGUCAACGCUUUUGGUAGCCGCGUUGGCGCUACUCACCCUGGCAAUACGAACAUCCGCCAAAUCAGAUGCUGGCAUUGUGGAUAUCCCCGUUUUCACGGACAUUCCGAACAUUCGGGAGCAGCGUCCCCUACUGGCCAAUACGAAAAUCUAUGCACAACUUAAGGGAUGCAUUGCCAAGGUGGAGACGGUCUUGAACAUAACAUUCCGGCUGACGGAGCAUCCUUGCAUCUUUGAUGAUCGAAUGCUCCAAUCAAUAGCCGAGAAUCCCAUCCAGCAAACAAACUCGAGUAUUAACAACGUUAUAGCGGUUGUCAGCAAGUUGUACACCUGUAAUAAUGGCCUCAUCGUUCUCCUGCCAGACAAGGACAAGACAUUGGAGGGAGCUGGAGCAACGCCGGAGCCCAAACAUCCCAUGAAGGAAAACAAGCACCCGCUUUCGCCCACAACAAACCCCAUUGCGAGCGUUAAAGACGAUGGCAUCUACGAAAUUGAAAUCCUUAUCACACCGGUGCAAGCCCAAGCCCAGUUCAGCGCUGUGGUCCACAUUGAGUUCCUGGGACCACAUGGAUUUAUUUCGGCCAUCGACUGGCCAUUCCUACCAUUCUAUCUGAUCAUGUGCAUUGUUUACGUUAUAUUUGGAAUUAUUUGGCUGUUUGUUUCUUUUGCCCAAUGGCGAGAUCUGCUGAGAAUUCAAUUCUGGAUAGGUGGCGUCAUACUGCUGGGCAUGUUGGAGAAGGCCUUCUUCUACGCCGAGUACCAGACACUGACCAACACGGGAGUGGCGGUGCAGCAUGCUGAAUUGGUGGCCGAGUUUGUGUCCUGCGCUAAGCGCACUCUGGCCAGGAUGCUGGUCAUCAUUAUGAGUCUGGGCUUUGGAAUUGUCAAACCCCGUUUGGGACCCAUGCUGCACCGCGUCGUGGGAGUCGGCACUCUAUACUUUGUUCUGGCUUGCGUGGAGAGCUAUUUGCGCAUCACCAAUGUCAAGAGUGAUCGCAGUGAGCUCCUGGUGGCCAGCAUACCUCUGGCAGUGCUGGACACUGGCAUCUGUUGGUGGAUCUUUACCUCUCUGGUACAGACUACCCGUACUCUUCGGCUUAGAAGGAAUAUGGUGAAGCUAUCUCUGUACAGGCACUUUACCAACACCCUAAUCUUUGCGGUUAUUGCUUCCGUCAUAUUUAUGCUGUUUGCCUUGCGUCUCCGUAGAACAGAGAAUUGUACGCCUGGCUGGCGUGAUAUCUGGAUUGAUACUGGAUUUUGGCACAUUCUGUUUUCUGUUCUGCUGCUUGUGAUUAUGAUUCUAUGGCGACCAACAAAUAACAAUCAACGGUAUGCCUUCACGCCUCUGCUGGACAACCCGGAGGAUGAAGACGAGGAGGACGAAGAGGAUCAGUUUGUGGCCGAUGCCUAUGGCGUGAAGAUGCGUGGCCAGAAUGGUACACCAAAGACCUCAACUGCCACUCGAAACACCACCACAACCGAGGAGGAUGACCUACGCUGGGUGGAGGAGAACAUACCUUCCUCAAUGGUGGAUCCAGCUCUGCCAGUGCUGGACUCGGAUGAGGAAAUCAUCAACACCAAGUUUGAGGUUUCCAAAAUGCAAUAAGCUGUGACUUUCGCUGGACCCAAGAGACUUUAUGCAUAUUGGUUGGACAUUCACACUUCCGGGUCUCGUCCCGCAGUAUAGCUGAAAUGCGCAAUGUGUUUUAUUUUAUUUAUAUCCGAGAAGUUUUACUGCUUUCCUACUGCUACUACUGAUCUUCCCAUAUGUCCGGACCAGUCGGAGAUAAACCCCCGGAAUCCG